UUGAGGAGACGCAUAGCAGCGACUGGACAGUAAUCGUUUAUCAGGUCAUCCAAGCAGCCUUACAGCAGGAGGAACACAGCAGGAGGAACACAUCAUCGACUGCAGUUAUUCCUCAACAGGGUCGUUCUUUGUAGAGUAAAGUAGUCCAGGUCUCGUCUGGCUCGGAGCGGACGCUGAGCACAGAGACAUCAUGUCGGAACUUUCCGUGAAUGACCACCUCGAAGGGAUUUUAUCAGAUUUUGAAGCACUGAAGAGAUCCUUUGAUGUUGAAGAUGUGGAAGCUAUACCAUCCUUUUCUACUGCUUGUCCUGUCUCCACCCCAGUUUCUCCUUCGUCCAGCCAUUUGUUUCACAACCACGACAAGGUCAAUAAGGAGCAUGGAGGAGGAGGCCCAUCUUCUUCAUUAAAUUUCACUGGCAACAACAGCCUGGGGUCUACAGCAAAACACUCCAAUAACAGCCUGAGUCCUAAACCUAGUCAAGUGUUUAAGUCGCGUACUGUAGGCAGCAGCCUAUCCUUUAACCGAGGGACCAUGUUUAAGCCAGCCAUGCACAACAAUGGCUCCUCUGUGGCCAGAGCUGCAUCCUUCCAGAGUAGGUUAAACCCAAAUGGUAACUUAUUGUUCUCUGGAGCAGGUAGUGACAAUGACAGCCUUCACAGCUCCACAUCCAGCCUGGAGUACACUGGUGGCGGUGGGAAUGCCUUCCCACCUUCUAAGCUUGGAUCAUAUCCUAGUACUCCAUCUCGGGGGGAGUACCAGCACACCCAUCCACAGCUUCCACAACAACACCUGGAGGAAGGUCUCAACUUGAGAAGCAACCCCAACCUGAAGAAGUUCUCCUCCCAUGGUAAUGUGUUCCACUCUGAGAUGGACUCAGUGCCAGGGGUUCUGCUGGAUGUUCCAGAGCCCUGGGGUGUGAACCACGGCUCAAUGCCCAGCCUAGAGCUUCAAACUUGUGAUGGAGGUGGAGGAAUGUUUAAUAUGCAGAGGGGUGGAGGUGGCACUAUGAUGUCUCCAGGGUUAAGGUAUGCCAAUUCAAAUGCAAGCUGGAAUGGUUGUCUUCAUAAUGCCACUAUCUUUGGAGAGCAAGGAGCCAAAAACAUCAGUCGGCAAGGGCACCAGAUGCUAAAGCCACCUGCGUCUAAGGUUACACGUCUUAACAAGUUUCCCUUGGAUCUGGACAGCUUUGUAACCAGCUCCUCAACUUCUUCUCCCACCAAAGUUGAAGGAGGAUACAUAAGCCCCACUCUCCUGAAGCCUACUCUGAGCAGCAUAGGAGGCCCCCAACACCCCACCAGCCCAAACUCCACCUCAGCUAGCUGUUCAGCAUCUCUGAGCAGCCUGGACAGCUCCUCUGACAGCCCACCCCUUUCUGUCCACCAUUCAUUUGAGCCGUUUUACCUAUGUUCUCCUACUCUCUCGCAAGGCUCCAUACCUUCCCAUGAGAUGAGUUGCUCACUUGUGCCCCUUUCUACAGUUCAGAGCCCCCAGCUGGAGAUUCUUUCAGAGCUUGAUGUUAUCCAGAUGGUUUCAAACCUGCCCAGCCCUCACAUCUCAUCCAGCCCCUCCAGUCCCAAAGCCAUUGAGUCUUUAGAAGAUUGUGUAGGGUGUACGAGAGAUAGUGUUGGCUCAAUCUUACAGAGGAUAGCUUCCUUCUCUCAGAAUACUACAAAUGACACUAAAGCAGCUGAGACCCAGCCUCCUACAGUCCAAAGCAAUGAAGGGUUAUCGUCUACAUUUGGACGUCCUGCUGAGAUUACUCCUGUACUUGCAUGUAAAUGGGAGAAGAAGGGCCAGGAAGAUCAUGUAAACUAA